ACUCACAUGGAACUUGAUGAAGUUCAUUGCUGCCCUGGAAGAGAUUCGGGAGGAGGCUUCAUCAAAGGUCCCAUGCUCCAGGGACUGCAGGGUGAGGGUAAACUGGCCCCAAUCCUAAAACCCACUCUUCCCUCUCCCUCUCGCCUCACCCUGUUCGUAUCUAGUUCAAUGGAAGACCAUGGGUUUCCAGCCAGGAGAAAUGGAUUGACCCAAGCAAGCUUCAUCUACCAGAUGCCCGCAGGCUGGGGCAGUCCCGGCGGCCUCUUCCUCCCUUGCCAGCCAGUGCCAGCCCCCGUGGUUCUCAAGCCUCCGCUGCCACCCUGUCCCAUUUCCUGGGGAGAGCCUGGCCCUGCUGUGGAUGUAAUUCGGAGGACCCCCGCUCCCUGAGCAGCCCCUCCUCUCCCCUGGUGCUGAUCAGAGGUCCUUGGGCAGCAUCAGUUAAAGCAAGAGCGCACUCACUUUGGA